AUGGCAGUAGUGAAUUUUCCAAAAUCGUAUCCGACUUUGUCUACGCUACGGAACUGUAUGAUGAAUGUACAGGAGUAUGGCCGAGAAAAGCUCGUCAAUACAUUAAUACAUGAAGUUGAAUCAAAGCUUUUGCAUAUAGCUGUUGACACACCAGCCAUUCUAAAUGGCUACUCGUUAUGCGUUGAAUCACUUCGUGAAUUGGAUCCGUCUUGUGUGAUCAUGCAUCGAGUUUGCAAAGUUAUCAAAGAGUAUUUGAAGAAACGUCCGGACACCGUUAGGCAGAUAAUUAAUUAUAUCACUUCUGAAAAACGGGAUGAUCUUGCUGCACACUUGUCCACUUUUCAUUUGGCGUUUCACGAGCUUACUGGAGCGAACGAUGAUUUUUUGCCCGAAGCGAUGAAUUUAUCACAGUGGCGGCAAUGGGUUCCCGAUCCAAUCGAUGUAACUCCUGGUAGUGGUCGCUUUCGACAGGCAGCAGACGUUUUCAAUAUGCUCGUUUCUGUGUACGGGAGUAAGGAAAUGUUUGUGAAAGAGUAUCGUCAACUACUUGCGGAAAGACUUACAAGUAGUAACACUAAGGAUCCGAUUUUUGAACGGCGGUACUUGGAUUUACUCAAGCUUCGGUUCAAUGAAGGUGAAUUGCAACAGUGCGAAGUGAUGUUGAAAGAUAUUCGAGAUAGUCAGCGGAUCGACAGAACCGCCUUAGGUAGAAAGUGUGUUCCAGUAUCCGCUUGCAUAAUAUCUUCUCAUUUCUGGCCGAAAAUCGAUUCAGAAACGGUUACAGUGAGUUUACUGGUUACGACCCGUUUGUGUAAAUUUGAAAGCUGGACUAUAGCUGAGGUAGCUGAACGGCUUUCUAUUUCAAAGGGAGUUGCUCGUCGUCGAUUAGAGUGGUGGAAAUCUCAAGGUCUUGUGAUACAUGUUCUGCCAACUGGUGCAACUGCUGAGGAGUGGUCGUUGGUGACAAAUCCAACCUUGUUGGCGACAUCACGUGGUGCUGCCGAUGAUGAAUCAGACGAGGAUGAGGGAGCAAUAGAGGAGACAACCGAUGCACUAGAUGCUUUAGAACAAUAUUGGUGUUAUACAAAGAAUUUUAUUGCUAACCACGAUAACGGAGAAGUGAAGGCGGAGCGUAUGCAUCGUAUCUAUCGUAUGUUCUCUUCUCCAUCAGCACAAGGACCAUCACUAGAAACUGUUACGGCAUUCUUGAUGAGAAAGGUGAAGCAAAAUCUGCUCACCUAUAACAAUGGAUUCUUUCGUGUCGUCAAGGAGAACUCCAAUAAGGGUAAUCAGCGGUGA